AUGAGCAGUUUACGGAAUGAGUGUUUUGGGUUUGUGAGAAAAAAAGAGACUUCAUUCAAACCCGAGUACCAGAUUGUAAAGGAGAAAUUUGGUGAGCUCAAAUUGGUUAGAGCCUCAAAUAGCACUAACCGAUGUCAUAUAAUUGAACAGUGCAGCGACAGCUACUCAAAAGCCUUUUCUUGUUCUUCAAUGAAGUGUUUGAUAUACUUGUGUCUGUUCAUACUCUUUAUAGGCCCCGUCAGCGCGCUUCGAAUCGGAGUCUGUAUUCAACCCAGUGCAGGAAAUGCCGUAGAUUUGUUUAAGACAGUUAAUGAUUACCAAUCGCGCAUUAAUACAAUGAACAAACUGAACAAAAAAGAGAGGCAGACUUUGACUGAGCGAUUCGAGACUGCCGUUACCAACUACUUAUCCUGCAAUACCUGUCUGCGCUAUUACUUGGAAGAUCAUCUUGAGAUAGACACGGGAAACAUUAAACAGCUUGAAAUGAGUAACAUAUUGAUUUCAUUAGACAUACAUAUCAACGAAUCGAUUGACACUAAAAUCCAGCAACUCAACCUAAAUGUUAUUGAUCGUAAUGGAAACACAUUGAGACGCAAGAAUAACCUGCAAGAGCAGAACGUACAGAUGGUGGUUGAUUUUCCUCUUCAUGAUCACAGGAAUGGCUACAAGUUAGAAUAUUUGGAUCUCUGCUUUGAGAAUAUUAAGAUUGAUCAAUCAUGGAAGUCAGUCCCCAAAGACAUCGAAGCUUAUGUUACAAUGAGGUUUGGGAUACCGGAAAUACUGAAAACAUACGAAGAGAACUCGAAAGAGCUAUUGACAGUGAAGUCAAAGCUUUUGAAAAUAGAAAACGAAGUGGAUCAAAUAAUUACACAGCUCAGACAAAUGUUGUCAAAUGAAAGUAAGCUAAGAAAUGUAAAUGAAGCAAUUUUGAGCAACUUCUCACUAUUUGGUAUUCUUAUAGUACUUGUUUCCAUACUUUCUGGAGCAGUGCAGCUAUGGUGGCUCAUCAACUGUAUGAAGCAAAAAAGCCUUUUGUAA